CCCGCUUCAAAUGGUUUUGUGAAGAACUAAACUCCGCCACCGGCUCCCCGGGACCGGUUGUCAGCGCUUCACCGAUUUCACGGUCUCGAAGGACAUGAUCAGAUACGAUUAUUGUGGUACCUGUGCAGGUAAUGGCAUGAUUCUGUGAGGAAUCCGAUGUUGGAUGCAUUCAAGAAAUCAUGGGCUUCAGCAGGAACUUUUGAAAUACUUGAUCCAGAAGUUCUUGAAGGCAAUAAUGGACCGAGACUACAAGUUGUCAAGUAAGCUUUGCCAAAUGAUUCUCCUCUACGAGCCUGAAAACCCAGAGGCCAAACAAUUCGAGGCACUUUUGGAAAUGAAAAUACAGUUAGAUGAAGCUGCAUCAACUAGUCAAAAUGAUGGGGAAAACAGUACUGAAAGUGACAGCAGUGAUGAAGAUGACAGUGAAGACAGCAAUAAUGAAGACAGUGAUGAAAUUGAAAAAUCAGAUGAAGAGUCCAUUGGUUCACCUGAAAGUGAAGAAAGUACAUAGAGACCAACACUUUCCAUCAAAAGUAUGUUCAUAUCACUAUCUGUUCUUAGAUCAGCAAGCCUCAUCACCAAUUUUUCUUUUACUUAACUAUCACUUGCAAAGAGUUGUGUUUAAUUCGUAGCUCAAAAUGAAUGUAUCACUAGAUUGUUAGUGAUAAGCAAAAUAAGAUCAUUUAGCAUCAAACAAGGAUUUGUGUUGCAGCUUUUUUGCAUAGUUAAGUAUCAAGAUCUCUCCUGUUCCUGCAUUUUAGUAGAUAUGGCUGUUCCUAUCAAUCAUCAUGUUUAAGAUUCUGUUAUAAUGGAUUACAAUUCAAGUUUUGCUUCCAUCCUGGAAUUUUAUCCAUCAACUAUUUCCAGAAAUUGAACAAGAAUCAAAAUGAAUAAAUAUUGCCUCUUGCCAUACUGGAGGGGUUUCAUCAGUUGUUUAGCCUGUCAUUUGGUUUAUGGCUUAGGGUUCUUCUACAUCAUUUAAUGCACUUGCUCUAUGUGAUUAAAGAUAAUAGUAAUUUCUACUACUAAUGCACCUGGGUUUUAUUUUUGAACACUGUGAUAAUGUGAAAUUUUACAUACCAUAUUUCUUCCUCCACAAUAAUAAAAGUAUCUGGAAAGUCCAGUAAAGUCCCAGUAACAUUUUGUAUGAGCAGUAGGAGAAUUUGAGUUGUUGUUUUCUGUCUCAGGUUUGUAAUACACAUGUGAACAUAGGAUCUAUAUCUGGUCAUUUCAGAUUAAACUUUGAUCAUUUAAUGAGUACUGCAAUUUCCUUUAAACAUGUUAAACCUAUCCCAGCAUCUACAUUUAAAAAGAUAGCACACACUUAUUUCUUAACACUGGUUUCUUAAGUAUAGAAUUAUUUAAUGGGAUAAAUAUUGAAAAAGAGUAAUGCAUCUGUUCAAAAAAUGGAGAAUGUGCAAAUGGCUGUGUUCUUAAACAAGUUUACAAUUUUCACAUUUAGCACUCUGCCUACAAAACUUAACAUUUUCUCAAACUCAUGCACAUAUAUAAUUUUCUACAGUAGAGCCACUUUUCCUCCCCAGGCACACGUGUUCACGUGUAACAAACUCGCACACAUUUUUCUGUUAUGCUUAUAGUGUGAUCUAAGAGAUAUUCAAGAAUCUCAAAUUGAUAGUCUUAAUCCUGCAAAAUAAGCAGCGAUCCAAUACAUAGAAAGAUGGGAGAUCAGAUUAGACAAGAAUGCCACAAUCAUUUUCAGUUUAGAAAAUAAUUUUUGAAGAAAAAUAAUCUAGUUCUGUUUCAUCUUGACUAUUUUCAUUUUGACAAUAAAUGCUAAUGAUGCCAGGGAAGCUACCUUUGAGAAAUUAUUGAGGCCAAUGCUGUGAGAGAACCAAAUUAAUGUCAGCAAAGAUGUAGUAAUUAAUGCAUUGAGGUUCAGCAAUUAGUGUCCCUUCAAUUGAUUGUAUAUUAAUUUAUCUCCCUUGCAGAACCUGGCUAGGUAAAUCCUCCAAGCAGUUUUUCCAAUGUGAGGCAUGUUAAAAGAACAAAAUGUUCAUAGAAGGAAUGUACAUAAUAUGUUUGUAUGUAAUAUUUUAUAUAUUUAUAAUAUAUAUAUGUGUAACGUAAAAAUGCACAAAGAAGCUGACGCAAAGGUGUACUUAGCUUGGUCUACUGGACAGUUUACAAUUGUGCAAUUUGGAAGUUUCAAAAUUAAUUAAUUAGGAUUAUUAACACUGAGGAAAGCCAAAGCAAAUGAAUCAUCCCUAAUGAAUAUGUUUGAAAGUUGCAACUUAGAAGUUUUGAAAUAAUUUAUGAUUACAGCAGAAAAUAUUAAAAAAUACUUUGUGGAUCAACCCAACAAAAAUGAAAAUAUAUAUUAAAAAUGCAAAUAACUUGCAUUAUUCCUGUUAUCAACAAUCUUGAAUUACAGUAGGAUGCUAGAACCUCUAGUCACUGUAGAACAAACAAUGACUGUAUUUGUUAUACUAACAUUGCAUUUAAGAUCUAUCAUGUUGUUAUCACCCAAGUUUUCUCAUUCAGCCAAAAACAUUCUAUACCAGUUACACUGUAUUUCAAAAAACUAAAAGUUAGUCUAUCAGUGCUAGAGAUGAUUCAUUUAUUAAAGCUAAGAUUUUUUAUUAUGGUAAAUGUUCUGUUUCCCCUAUAGGAGGCAAAAUGUAUGUACCUCA